GCCACUGUUUAUUUAACAUAAUUUAUUUGGUGUAAAAAUGUUAAUACUGCAUUUAUUUGGGGUAAUAGUAAUUAUUACUUUAACAUGUGCAUUUUUAAAGUGGAUAUACGAUCAUGUUCGAAUACAUUAUUACAUUUCAAAAAUUCCCGGACCUAAGGGGUAUUUUCUUCUGGGAAAUUUGUUUGAUUUAGUUCACAAAGACGAACGCUUAUUUAGAAAACUAAGACAAUGGGGUUUGGAAUUUUAUCCUAUUUACAGAGCUGGGGUGUGUUCAGAAACCUCAGCAAAUAUGGUCGGAGCAGAAGAUAUAGAGCAAAUUAUAUCAUCGACACAACACUCUUCCAAAAGCGAAAUUUAUCGAAUUUUGGAAAACUGGUUGGGGACUGGACUUCUCACCUCAGCUGGUGCAAAAUGGCAACACAGGCGAAAAAUUUUAACCCCAGCUUUUCAUUUCAACAUCCUUCAACAAUUUAUCCAAGUAUUUAAUGGUGAAACAGAAAAAUUAGUAGAAACUUAUUAUAAACUUUUGGAAGAUAGACAGGAAGUUUCUAUUGAUGUGACAUCUACUAUUACUCAGUUUACAUUAUGUACAAUAAAUGAAACAUCUAUGGGAAUAAAGCUAGAUUUUCACGACGAAGAAAACAAAAACUAUAAGCAAGCUGUUUACGAAAUAGGGCAGCUUUUCCUAGAAAGACUGCUAAGACCAUGGUUGUGGAGGGAUAUAUUUUAUUACUUUUUAACCAAGAAUGGUUUACGAGAGAAAAAACUAGUUAAAAUGUUACACAAAUAUACGAAUAAAGUUAUCAAUGAAAAGUCGAAAAAAUUCGAGCCUUUUGAGGUAGACAGAGAUAACUGUUAUUCAAGACGAAAAAAUAUGGCUUUGUUAGAUAUUUUGCUGAACGAAAAGUUUACCAAUGGAAACAUUGAUGAUGAGGGUAUAAGAGAGGAAGUUGAUACUUUUAUGUUCGAGGGACAUGACACAACAUCCAUGGGGAUUAGCUUAGGUUUAAUGGCGUUAGCUAAUAAUCCAGAAAUCCAGCUAAUGAUUCGUGAAGAGAUGACCCACGUACUUGGCGAUAAUUUCUCAAGACCAUCAUAUGAAGAACUUAUGGAACUAAAAUACACUGAAAGGUGCAUAAAAGAAAUCCUGAGGCUUUAUCCAAGCGUACCCUUCAUUUCCAGAAUGCUUUCAGACGAUAUGAUUACUAAAUCUGGAUACAAGCUGCCCAAAAAAACGAUUGUUAACAUACAUAUUUUCGAUCUCCACCGAAGCCCGAAAUUUUGGGAUAAUCCAGAUAAGUUUGAUCCUGAUCGAUUUUUACCGGAGAAUGUUCAAAAAAGGCACCCGUUUGCGUAUUUGCCUUUCAGUGCGGGGCCCAGAAAUUGCAUAGGCCAACGGUUUGCUAUUUUGGAAUUUAAAGCUGUAUUGUGUGGAAUUUUGAAGAAUUUUAAAUUUGUAGAAAUAGAUACACCUGAGACCAUGGAUUUUAUCCCAGAUAUUGUUUUACGCCCCAAACGUGGUGUUUUAGUAAAAAUUGUUAGAAGAAAUUAAUAUUAAUAUAUAGUAAACAUUAUCACACAUUUUUAGUACAUAUUUUAAAUAUUAGAUAGUAUAUCCAGACCUACUUAUUGCCUGAAUUACAAUUAAAUCCUGGUUAUUUUACUUUAAAAUAUAUAACAUAAAACAUAACAUUGAAAUCAUCGUAAGUUAUAAUUAAUUAUAAUUGUUAAAAUUGAUUGUGCUUAUCAUAAUUUUUAAAAUAUUAUAAAUAGACCUUGGAAAAUUGUUUUGAUAUAAAUUUUUUGAAAUAAGUUUUAAAUAAAAUUAAAAUAAUGCGUGGG